CUCUCUUGAACAUACUCAGUUAUUAACAGAGCAUGGUGCAGAUAUAAAUGCUAGAGACAAUUAUAAUGAUUUUACUGCAUUAAUGUACUCUUGUUGCUCUGGCUCUCUUGAAUGUACACAGUGGUUAACAGAGAAUGGUGCAGAUGUAAAUGCAACGAACUGUACCAAUUCAACUGCAUUGAUAGUGGCUGCUUACCAUGGGUCUCUGGAAUGUACACAAUGGUUAACAGAGCAUGGCUCAGAUGUAAAUGUUCGGAACAGGUAUGGCGAAACUGCAUUGUUGAGAGCUUGUGAGUCUGGCUCUCUGGAAUGUGCACAGUGGUUAACAGAGAAGGGUGCAGAUGUCAAUGCUAGAAACUCAAAGGGUGAGACGUCAUUGAUGUAUGCCUGUAAAUUUACGCGCCUGGAAUGUAUACAUUGGUUAACAGAGCAUGUUGCAGAUGUCAGUGCUAUGAGCUCUUCUGGUCGGACUGCAUCGUUGAGAGCUUUUGAGUCUGGCUCUUUAGAAUGUUUACAAUGGUUAACAGAGCAUGGCUCAGAUGUCAAUGCCAGAAACACUGAUGGUUGGACAGCAUUGAUGUUUGCUUGUCACUCUGGCUCUCUGCAAUGUACACAGUGGUUAACAGAGCAUGGUGCAGAUAUCAGUGCUUGUGGCAAUAAUGGCGAGACUGCAUUGAUGCUUGCCUGUCGCUAUGGCCAUUUUGAAUGUAUACAGUGGUUGACAGAUUAUGGUGCAGAUGUCAAUGCUAGUGACCAUUCAGGCAAAAAAGCACUGGAUUUCAUACAGGCAUUCACCCAUAGGCAUCAACAAGUGUAUGGCCACCUAACAAGACUAGGUGCUGAAGAUGAUGAUUAUUAUAAACAUCUCAUGAAACUGAACAGUUGCGCAGCUGAUGAUGAACACCAUAUUGCUAAAUCAAAUCUCAAUGCAAUAAAAGUCAAAUGGAAGCUUAGUUUAAAGUGUCAGGCAAGGUGGUGUUUGUAUCAAGCCAGAGUGACAAAAAAUGGUUCAUACAGAAACAUUGUUGAAACACUUAUUCGUGGUAGAUAUUUACCCCCUGGAUUAAAGUCCUUCUUAUUGUUUGAGGACUCUGGUGACACGUGUGAUGUGAUGGCUGUCCUUAAACAACUAUGUGCCAGUCAUGUAGUUGAAAGAGAACUAACUGAAUACAGAAAAGAAAAGAGGAGAGGGUUUCAUUUGGAUAGAGCGCCAUUUGCAAAAAUGGAAACACG